AUGGCGUCUUCUAACAAUAACUAUCCACGAGGUCCAUACGAGGUCGGCAAACACAUUGUUCCUCCGCCACGACCGAGUUCCCCAUCAACUGUCGAGUACCGCCUCAAUCAUCUCAUGACGCGCAUCAAAGACCCAGAGAAAAGCUUGAAAUUCUACUGUGACUGUCUGGGGAUGCACGUUGUGUUCAUUUUCAAUGCUGGUCCAUUUACGAUAUAUUACCUCGGACCACGAGAUAAUGGCAUUGCCACUCUCGGUACUUCAAAAGGCUUGCUGGAAUUGUAUCACAUUCCUGCCGACGCGUCUACGCCGUAUACUUCUGGCAAUGACUACUCUAAUUCGGCGGGAAUCGGCUUCGGUCACAUUGGAUUCACAGUACCAGAUGUCGCUGAGGCACUGGAAAGGAUCAAAGGCUUUGGUUAUGAAAUCAUCAAACCACUUGAUGAGGCGAAAGAAGAACAGAUGGGAUUACCCGCGGAGGCUGUAGAAGGGAAACACGGGAAGGUACCGGAUGGCUACAAGCAUGUCUUCAAACAGCUCGCUUUCGUUAAGGACCCGGAUGGUUACUGGGUUGAGAUUGUACCUCAGGUGGUCAAGCCGCCGAGUGGUUAG